AUGAGAGAAAGAAUAUUGGGAGCUUGGGAAACCAUAAAGCAUGGAGAGAGAAAAUGCACCAACAGAAAACGGGACUAUCUACUUAACCCAGAAUCCCUCCAAGUAUACUCUCCCUUCUCCCUGGGUACCCGCUGCACAGGAAGAGACCACAACCCCCAGACUCCCCUGUGUCUAGGUCCCCACCAAUGGACUGGCGAUGGAAAUGACAGAGAAACUCCAAGUCGCCUGCCUGGAGCACACCCUUCCCCUGGGCUCCCACUCUUUCCCUCUGGGAAGGAGGACCCCAGUCCCCCUGGAGGCUGGGACUAG